AUGAUGGAAAUAGCACCAUUAUUAAAAAAAUGUUUAGAAAAUGUUAUUAUUAAUCCACCUAAACAACGUUCAUCAAGAUGGAUUUCAUCAAGUGUACCAGAAAAUCAAUGGAAUACAUCAUUAGCAUUAACAUCAUCACCAGAUUAUCAUGUUAAUAAUUUAUGUAGUCCAGUUUUAUUUCAAGAAGCAUUACAAUAUAUUCCAUCAAAUGCUAUUGUUAUUGAAUUAGCACCACAUUGUUUGCUUUUAGCUAUUCUUAAACGAUCAUUAAGUACUGAUUGUGUGCAUAUAAAUUUAAUGAAACGUGGUACACAUGAUCAUAUUACAUAUUUUUAUUCGAAUUUAGGUAAACUCUAUAAUGAAGGUGUUAAUUUAAAUAUUAUGUCAAAUUAUGAAUCAAUUCAAUAUCCAGUACCAAUUAAUGUUCCGUUUAUAUCUUUAAUUGCUGCUCAAUGGGAUCAUUCUCAACAAUGGAAAGUUCCAACAUUUGAAAUGUUUACACAAUCAUUAGGUUCAACACAACAAGCUAAACAUGAAAUAGAUCUUAAUGAUGAUAGUGAAUAUUCAUUUGUAAUUGGUCAUCAAAUUGAUGGUCGUUGUUUAUUUCCUGGAACUAGUUAUCUUGUUUUAGUAUGGAAAACAUUUGCUAAAUUACAUAAUUAUGAAGAUUAUCGUCAAAUAUCAGUUUUAUUUGAACAAAUUCAAAUACAUCGUGCAACAAUAUGUUUAUUAACAAAUAAAAUAAUUUUUUAUGUUAAUAUUUUACCAACAAAUGGUACAUUUGAAAUAACUGAAAAUAAUACUAUUAUUGUUACUGGUCGCAUAUCAUUAAGCGAACAAUUAACAAUGCAAAAAUUUCAUAAACAAAUAAAAUUAAAUAAUACAGAAAAAAAUUUACAAACAAAUGAAAUUUAUCGAGAUUUUAAUCUUCGUGGUUAUGAAUAUUCUGGUUUAUUUCGUGGUAUUAAUCAAAUAAAUAUUGAUGGAACAUAUGGAGAAUUAAUAUGGAAUAAUGAAUGGAUAUCAUAUCUUGAUACAAUGUUACAAGUACAUCUUAUAACAUCUCAAGGUUUACAAUUACCAACACGUAUUGAUUCAUUACGUAUUGAUCCUAAAUAUCAUUUAGAAUCCAUAUCAUCAUUAACAUCAACAUGUUCAGUUUAUGUUGAUUAUUGGAAUAGUCUUUGUUUUUCAGGUGGAAUUGAAUUAUUUGGUUUACAUUGUACAGCUACAUCAAAGAAACAUAAACAACAAAAUACAAUACUUGAAUCAUAUUUUGAAGAAAUUUUUAAUUUUUAUUCACAACAACCAUCUAUUAAAUCACUUGAAUAUGUACUUGUUACAUCAUUAUCAAUUGAUGAAAUAAAUAAAAAAAUUAAUUUAAUUGAAAAUUUAUCUUCAGUAACAACAACAACAACAACAGUUGAUUUAGUUAUCGUUAAUAAAACUGAAACUAAUACAUAUGAUUGGGAAAAAUUAUUUUCUGUAUGUAAAUUAAAUGGUUUUAUACUUUUUUCAUCAGAUAUUGACAUACCCAGAGAACAGUUACAAACUAAUAAUUUUAUUCAAAUAGUAACAAGAAAGAAUUAUCAAUUAUGGAAAAAAUUAUCGACUGAAACUCUUACAGAUACUAUUGUUAAUAUAGAUGAAAAGAAUUUUCAAUCGAUUGAUCAAAUUAAAACAUUAUUAUCGAAUUCUUCAUUACAACGUAUUUGGCUUAUAUCUAAUCAAAUAGAUAAUGGUAUUAUUGGAUUUUUUAAUUGUUUAAGACGUGAACCAGGUGGACAAUCACUUCGAUGUAUUCAUAUUCAAGAUUCUGAAUAUAUUCUCAAUGAAAACGUAUUAAAAACAUUAAAAACAAGAGAUUUAGCAACAAAUGUCUAUCAAAAUGGUGUAUGGGGAUCAUAUAUUCAUCAACAUUUACAAACAUCGAAUAAUUCAGCAUGGAUUGAAACAGAUAAUGCUCAUGUUAAUGUAUUAAAUCGUGAUGAUUUAUCAUCACUUACAUGGUUACAAUCACCUAUAAUAACGGCCAACAAUAUAAAUGAUCCUAAUUUGGAUACAUGUACUGUACAUUAUGCAUCACUUAAUUUUCGAGAUAUUAUGUUAGGUAAGAUCAUUUUGUGAAACACGAUUUAAAAGAAAUGUUGAAGUCUCUGGAAUAGAUAUCUACACUCCUCCCCUUCCCGGCAGAUCAUUACAGGCCAGGGCUCCGAAUGGGCCG